GCAGAUUUCCAAGGCGGAGAGAACUUUUACGUCUUUCCGAUACGACGGCGCGGUAAAAUAUUAGACAGUUAUCGUGAUCCGAACGAAUCGCGGCGCUUUAAGGUGAUUUACGGGAUCCUGAGCUCAGUGUCUUAAGGGGAGAAAAACAAAAGGUCAACGAGGCCUAAUUGGUGCUCACGGUCCACGGGCGAGUGUGUACAGUAGCACUUCGUUGUUUUUUUUCGCUCUCUUUAUUUGACAGGAUACUUUCCGACACCUCUGAGAGACACGUCCUCUUUUCCUGGUUUAAGCAAACAUAGACACGGGCCUCGGUUCGAGCAGGGUAAUGGAUUGGGACUAAUGAAUGAGCUCAGAGCGUGCACCGCUGCACGUAUAGUGUGUGUGUGCGUGCGUGAGGGGUGAAUGAAGGGGGUUGUCUGAUACCACUAUAAAAGAGGGAGGCAGAUGGAAGAAAACGUCAGAACAGAAAGCAAGAAGGGAGGCCACGGAGCUUACGCACACACACACACACACACACACAAGCACACAGACUCGUCUACGCACCGGUGCUCAAGAUGAAAGGCACACACUUCAGCGCUGGUCUCGUCCUGCUCCUCGUCCUCGUCCAGAGCAGCCUGGAGCUCCCGCUACAAGACGACACGACCAGCUCAGAGACAGACGCGAGUCUCCUGGACGAGAGGAAAGACACGAUGCGGGCGAGGAGACAUUCAGAGGGGACUUUCUCUAACGACUACAGUAAAUACCUGGAGACACGGCGGGCGCAGGACUUCGUUCAGUGGCUCAUGAACUCCAAGAGGAGCGACAGCCCGGCCCGGCGCCACGCUGACGGCACCUACACCAGCGACGUCAGCUCGUACCUGCAGGACCAGGCGGCUAAAGACUUCAUCACCUGGCUGAAAAGCGGCCAGCCCAAACCAGAUGCCGUUGAGACGAGGAGCGUGGACACGUUACGCAGGAGACACGUGGACGGCAGCUUCACCAGCGACGUCAACAAGGUGCUGGACAGCUUGGCCGCCAAGGAGUACCUCCAGUGGGUCAUGAACUCUCCGUCGUCGGCUAGCGGCAAACGACACUGAAGUCCCGGAGAAAGACAGAGUGCUUCCCGUUCCCGGAGUGAACUUUUAGGAUGUCGUUCUUCACCCUGAGAAUCUUCAAAUCAUGGAAAAGCCAUAGUCCUUAGCCAGAGCUGAUACAACACAGGAAAUCCAAAGCCAUAUAUAUAUAUAUAUAUAUAUAUAUAUAUAUAUAUAUAUAUAUAUAUAUAUAUAUAUAUAUAUAUAUAUAUAUAUAAUGUUCAAUAGUUUGUACUGCGAGUAUUUAUUUGCCAGAGAUUUGUGCUACGCCUGAAAAGUCAAGGAUAUGAAAAAGAAAUAUUUUUCUAAUAGAUUUACUCUAUUUUUAAUGCUUAAUAUUUAUAAAAUGGUUAUGAAACUCAGGUAAAAUUUUUCAAAACUCUCAGGUUUAGUGAGUGUCAAAGAAAAUGUAGUAUCAAAAAUGGUGCCCUGCUCUGCAAAAUAAAACUUCAUGUUCAAUAA